AUGAUUUUUUCUGUUCUAGGUUCCAACCGAUACCAGGGCUGGGCUAAUUUCAUAAUUCGUAUCUUUCGCGUAUUUUUUGGCAUUUUGUUUUUUAUUUUUAGAUUUCGCUCAGCAACGAUAUUUUGGUUGUCGAUACUCUGGGGUGAUCCUAUUUUAUAAUAUUCGCUCCUUCGUAUCAGAAGGAGGGAAUUUUUAAGAUUUCUUGUAACAGUGUUUAAUUUUGUCCUCGUGUUUUUUUUCAAUUUUCGUAUAAUUAAAUAAAUAAACUGAACUCUCUUAAAUUUCUUUUUUGGUUAUUUUUGUUUGACAUUAAAUUUGUCGCUAUUUAUCUUUUAAAUUUUCCAUGUCUUUUUUUAAAUUAUUUUUUUAAUAAUAUUUAAAGAUUUUCUAUUAAAAUUUAAAAAAAAGAAAUGCCAACUCAAAAAUCUGUUCGUUUUGAUUUAAACGAAUUACAGGCACAAAUUAGUGAAGACAAAGGCAAAAUGUUCUUUUUAAAACGUAUUUUUUU